GAGCUUUAAAGACCUGUCCGCUUUGCUGGGCGCAACAUGCUGCGCUGGAGAUGGAAUGCAAGAGGCACUGCCAGUCACAAACGACUUGCAACUGGCGCCUUCUCGGUCAGUCCGUCGCGUCAACCAAGAGAUUUUUUUCCAACCCACGAUCUAUGCACACUUGGUGCACGCAGUGUGCGUUGAAGCUUUGAUAGCAGGAAGUUCGGGCAACUCUUUAACGAUGGAUGGUGAUUGCGAAUCCUAUGCGGUGCAGAAGCUCUUUCUGGAGCAGCACUGGAGCAGGAAACGGCGUUCGAUCAGACAAUGCAAUCCUGUGGAAACCUUCCUCCUGCAGAUCCCUGGGCACAAUACUUGCAAAACCAAGGUGCUACAACUGCGAUGGGUGGCCAAUCCUGUUUUGCUGCUUCAGGCACAAUGCAAGGUCAUUCAUCAGUUUCAGCUACAGCUGCUAGCAGUUCAACGGGUGAUGCUUCGGGAAGAGUGUCUUGGAAGUGCUUCAGCACCGACUUCAGGAGCUACAAAGAACUCGGCGUUUGAUUUGCUAGGGAAUCAACGGCCACAAGGCCAUAUGCAACAGGGAUUUGUCCCACAGAGCCCAAACGUUCCAAUGAGUCCUGCACAAUCCAACCAAUUGGUUGCACAAGCAUUGAAUCAGGCAUUGACUGGCGAGAAGAAGAACAUCCCUGUCUGGAACGGUCAACCAAGCACUUUGCGAAGUUGGCUCAAACUGCUUGCACUAUGGGAACAUGAAUCUCAGAUGCCGAUGGAGCGAAGAGGAGUGAAACUUUUGCAGAGCUUUGCAGAAGGAUCGGAACCCCGCAGAAUUGCGGAUACAGUUCCAAUGCAUGUUUUGCUGUCGCCUUCUGGAUACAGCUCAGUGCUGAGUGCAAUCUAUGAGAAAUACUUCCCCUACUUGGAAGCUUCAGCACCAAAGGCUGUGGACAAGUUCAUCUAUGAAGGUGAGCGACAGAAGGCCGAAAGUUUUACCUCCUUUAUAGCCUCCAAGCAGUUGGCGCGUCAGGAGAUGGAGAGCCAAUUGGGUGAGGUUAUCUCAGACCGUCUUUGCGGAAGGAUUCUUCUGAGGCAAGCUGGGUUGAACGAGUUUCAGAGAGAGAUGCUCAUGCUUCGUGGACCAGCCUUGAGGACUUUUGAUGAAGUCGCUACAAUGCUGCGUACACUGGACAGGCCUGAGAUGCUGGUUAAGGCCCAAUCUGGUGUGCAGAGUCGUAACUACGCAGGUUACAAUAUGGAUGGUGGAGAAGAUCAACAGCAGUGGAACAAUGUGGAUGAUGUUCAAGACGAUGAUGAUGAGUUGGUGGAAGAUUCUUCAUCUCAAGAUGAAGAAGGACAUCCCUUCAUUUACUUUGAAGACCGCACCUUCAAUGAGGAGGAGACUGUGGAAAUUCUGGCAUACCACAGUGCGUACAGAGAUGUCCGCAAGGAAUUGCAGAAGCGCCGAAACGAAAGAGGCUAUGUCAAGAGAGGGCAUGAUUCUGGCAGUGGAAAGGGAAAGGGCAAACGUAAAGGCCCCCGGAACAACUUUGGAAAGGGCAAAAGCAAGUUCUCGAAGGGAACGCGCUACCUCAAGUCCUACGAGGAUGACCUUUUGUCAAGGAAACAGUUUCUGAUGACUUCCACUGGACCACAGGUCUUCAUGCACAACUCUGGAUAUGUGGUUCCUUCAGAACGUUCAGCAGACCGUGGAGCACCAUACAGACUGAUGAUUUUUCAUGCAGUUCAAUGUCGACCUGAUGAAGCUCUGGUAGACACGGCUGCUGAAGAAGCAGUGAUUGGACAUCAUGCUAUGGAGAUGCUUGAAAAGGAACUGAAAAAGAAAGGGUUGAGACCGCAGUGGCAGCGUGGUGGAAACCUCCCAGGAGCUGGUGGGAUUGGUGGAGCUGCAACAGUGAAAGGCGUAGCUCAUGUUCCAAUCGGUGUUGCUGGAUCAAAUGGCGUACUUCAAUUUACAAUUUUGGAAGAUGGGGAUCAGCACAGAACCCCGCCAUUGUUGCCAAUUGGAUGGUUGGAAUCCGUGGGUGCAUCCAUAGACUGCAAACAUGAUCUGUUGUUUCUGGAAGACGGAUCUUCAACCAACAUGCGAAGGUUGCCCACCAAACAUCGAGCUGUUAGCAUUAUGGAUUUUUCAGAUGAGGGUUGGGACUUGCCUCAACACCUUCGGCGAGAUCCCAAUGUUGAUCCGUUUGUGAUCCCAACAUUUCAGGCGAUGGUCAACCAGGAAACCAAUGAAGAAACUCCAGUGAUUUCAGUUUGGUUGUUGGUGGAUGAGCAACUGCACCAUUUGCAAGACCUUCCAUCUCAGGGCAGACUUCAGAUGGUACUGCCGCAGGAAUGUGCUUUGAUCCAAGACCCUGCAACCUUGGAACCAGAGAGAUUGACCCAUGCGUUUUUGCAAGGUGGCAGACAUAUGGUGAUUCGAGACUACUGGCAAGAUGCACGAGCCAGUCGUCAACUUGAUGAGCAAUGGCAUGGGGCAGUGAUCUUUGCCUCCAAUCAGCACGUGGUGGUGAACACCAGUGGUUCAGUAUCGAACCAACCUGUCAUUGCUGACGAGACCACUCGCAGACGGGCAUCAAUCAAUUGCAGCAGCCGCUUCAAUGCAGACGUUUUCGCAAUGAGCAGUCUUCGAGAGUCUUGCAGACAGAUGGUGAAGAGCGAAGCUGCCGGACCAAUCAGUCCUCCGACACAGUCCAAGCCGGCGACAACUUGGAGAAGGCUUGUGUUGGCACUCUUGAUGAUGAUGUCCAACACCAGACAUACCAUGGCCAUGGAGUACCUGUUGAAAAAGCCGAUCCAAGCCCCGGCAGAGGACGAGGACCAGAAGGACACCAAGAAGGAUCGGAAGUCCAAGGAUCCGAAGUCAGUGGUCAGACAGGCCAUUGGAAAGCCUCUGAGUCGCUCCAAAGCUCAGACAGCUUGGAACCGAGAGGUGUCGGAAUGCAUCCACGAGGAGGAGUACCUUCGUCACCGAGCUGGAAAAGGGCACUUCUGGUACACCUGCCUGCAAUGUGGAGGUCGUUGGGAAAGGCUUCAGUCCCAAGCUUCCAGUUCAACUCAGGUGAUCGAGACAACGGUCCCGGCGGAGAACUUUCCAAAGUUUUUGCCUGCACCGAGAAGCCGCCCAGAUCUCAAAACGCAGAAGGUGACAAUCAACCAGUUGCCCAAGGCCAAAGCUGUGACCUCAAAACCAAGCGAGUCACGUGGAAGGACCUUGCAGAAGCAGGGAUCGGAGAAGAUGAUCGGCCUGAUGCCAGUUCAAAGGUCGAAGACACCGACGCCAGACCCAAGUCGAGCGUCAGGAUCCCAGGUCGAGGUCUUCACGUUGGCCGGCAACGACAUGGACGAGGUGGAAAUGGUGACAGCAGACGAAGACUUCUCAGCCGAGGAGAUAGCCAUGAUGAAUGCAGAUUGGCAGCGGGACAUGGUGGAAUCAGCGACGGGCCUGGGCAUGGAGUAUGUCUCAGCCCUGGAGCGGGAGCACAUCCUGGACCCGUGA